GCACAGCUUGAAUUCAAGUUUGAAGUGAAAUUCUACCCUCCAGAUCCUGCACAGCUUCAGGAAGAUAUUACCCGACUCCCUUGCUCCUUUGUGACCCAUGCACUGCUUGGGUCAUACUUGGCACAGUCAGAGUUGGGAGACUAUGAUCCUGAGGAACAUGGUAUUAAUUACCUGGAGGAACUCCGAUUUGCCCCCAAUCAGAGUCCUGAGUUAGAAGAGAAAGUUAUGGAGCUCCAUCGUACUCACAGAGGCCAAACACCUGCUGAAGCUGAGUUGCACUACUUAGAGAAUGCCAAGAAACUGGCAAUGUAUGGA